UUUUUUCAAACAUAAAAUUUAUUUCUGGCUCUUCAGCACUCCUGCAACCACAUAGAAACAAGUUUCAGAUGCAAAAUUAUUUGCAGAUUCAGGCUAAAACGAAAAUAUGAUGAAAGGUUUGAAAAUCCAAGUCUUUCAAAGGUCUUUCAGCAGAAUUCCUCGGAAAUUUCACCCCUUGCUUCUGUGCAGUUUUUAAACCUUACUCAUGUUUUUCCUUACACUGUUCUGGGUGGAAAAUGGCUCGUAAAUUGUUGGACUUGGGCACCAGCAAGAUCCCUUGCAUGAACCAUGAUGGCAGCAAUCCUCUAUCCGAAAUGGACCUUUUGAAAGAUCUUUCUGGCUUUAAUUCAGACCAAAUUUCAAAAAGAUACGAUUCUUUCUCAAGAGUGGCAAAACAUGGCGAGAUGGAUUCGCAUGCCUUCCGAGAAUUCCUCUCCCACUUUGUUGAAGGGCCAUUGGCUGCAAUGGGGGCACCAACACUGUUUGCGCUGGUUGAUACUGACAAAAAUGGCGGCAUUUCCUUCAAGGAAGCCCUGUCUGGGUUAUCAAUGGGUGAUCCAAAUGCCACCAUGGUGUCAAAGAUGAAGAAGCUUUUGUCCUUGUGGAAAAAUGUCAAGGGCUCUGAAAUAGAUGCUGAGCAGGUUACUGGGAUGAUGCAGAAUUUGCUGAGUGUGUCUUCUGAUAAAGGUACGGGAUUCACAACAGAAGCCAUCAAAGGCCUGGUGAACAGCACAAAGUCGGGGUCAACUGUCAAUAUUGGGGAACUCAGCAAGGGUCUGGAUUCUCUCACCCAAUUGGGCUUUUGAAAAAAAGAACACUUGAUAAAUGGGAUAAUUAAAAUAUGACUGAAAAGUCA